AUGGAUGAAAAUGAUGCUCCGAUUGAUGAGAACAGUGUGAAUAAUGAGUUGAGGACUCCAAGCCCGACUAUUUACUUAAGUGAGAUGAUACGGAAAGAAAAAAAAGAGCAUUGUGAGAAAGAGAUAGAAUAUAUACCCAUGGAAGAUGAUGUAGAACAGUGGUCAGCGCGAGUUAAUAAAAGAGAAAGAGAUGAUAAAGACGAAGACGAAGGUUGGCAGACAGUUAUGAAAGAAAAAAAAAUUAAAACUCAAGACACAGAGAUGGAAAUGUACAUUUCAUGUAAAGAAAAGUUUCCCAAACAAUUUGCCCUUGCAAAAUUAUUAAAAGAGUUGAAAAUUACUGAUAUAACUAAAAUAAAAUACUUGAGCCCCUACAAAAUUAGGGUUGAAUUUGAUAAUGUCAACUGUAUGAAUAGAAUGAUGACUUGUGAAGAUUUGUUAAAUAAGGGGUGGAAAUUUCAAAAAGCAUUUCAAGUCAAUUUUACAUAUGGCACAAUCAAGGACGUGGACCUCGAUUUAACGGAAGAAGAAAUUAAAAUGCGCAUUAAAUGUGAUAGUCGCGCGGAAUUAAGUUCAGUGUGUAGAUGGAAACGACGCGAUGCGGAUGGUAACUGGAUUGACUGCGAAAGAGUCCGUCUCUGUUUUAAAGGUUCGUAUUUGCCUACACAUGUCUUCGUGGACAGUCUCCGCAUUAAUGUUGACUCUUACACAUUCCCGGUAUCUCAGUGCUCCAGGUGUUGGAAAUUAGGACAUACACUAUCUAGAUGCCCAUCAGAUAAGAUUAUUUGCCCUAAAUGUGGUGGUAAUCAUGCAAAUUGCGAGACAAAGACGUUUGUUUGUGUUAACUGUCAAGGUCCACAUAUGGCACUCAAUAAAGGAUGUCCUGUUUUCUUGAAUGAAAAAAAGAUCCGCGAGAUCAUGUCUCAAUUUAAUUGUACAUACAGGAAAGCUCGUACAAUGUUACCAGAGUCUCCAAACCAUAAAUACAAAAUCCAAACUGUGAAUACUACCGUUGAUCAAACAUACAUUCACCCAAAUCGCACGUACGCAAAUAUUGUAUCACACGUGUUUCCUCCUACUCAAGUGGAUUCAGAAGAAGAACAAAACGUAAAUCACAUCUCUUCGGCACAAGUUUCAAGUGAACAGACUAAAAUUCCAAUCGAAUAA